AUGGCCAACAUCUCCUCCGAGCCUUCUUCUGAACAUCGCGGUCCAAAUCUCGGAUUCGGCGGUAAUACAGGCGGAUCGCUAUCGACCUCUCGACCACUGGCCGAUCGACCGCCUAUCCUCUCGUUCCCCACCCUCCACCUCGGAUCGUUUACUGCACUUUCGCCGGACUCGUUUCCCUCCCCACCUCCGUCGGCGCGUCCGUCGAAUACGAGCACGCUUACUAGUCCGGAACGGCCAGGCGAGGCCUGGCCCCGUUCGCCAGAAGGGUACCAGGGAUCGGCGGCUCCGACACGGCAAGGGUCAAGAGACGGGUCAGGCGGGUUGAAGUUGCCUGUGGCGCAGAGAAGGGACUCGAAGGAAUCGGAUACGACUCCGCCACCAUCGGCGUCGUUGUAUCCUGCGAGGAGCAGGGAGUCAUCCAAGGGGUCAAUAAGGAGCAGAGGUCAUCUUCCACCUCCCUUACCUCCACCAACGACCAGUCUUCCCCCUCUACCGUCUAUCUCGCCCAUCUCACCCCUCGGCUCCAAUUUCGCGUCGUCCACUGCCCCAUUGCAUAUACAGCGACCGGCUUCGCCCAUGUCGGCCACUGCCCAGCCUGUGGCAUUCUCGGCAGGUUCACCUCGGGGUCUCGCACCGACUAUCGCUUCGAGCAGACCCGUCGGUGCACCAUUGGCCAUCAAUAUCCCCUCUCCUUCGCAAUUUGUGGACCCGGAAAAAUCUAGCGGAGCGGUCCUGAAGAGCUCGCCGGGGAUACCGAGGCGGCGGACACUGGUCGAGGGAAAGAAAGAACAGGGAUCAGAGGCGCGGAUGUCAGGUGUACUGGGAGCAGUGGAGACGUCGUCGAGGGAUCAGGGGUCGCCUGAGCCCCGGCUGUCCGAACUGCGGGCUAGCGAUAGCCAUGCUCCGUCCUCGCCCACCACGCACAAGCUGGAGAAGAAAGCGUCCACCAAUAAUCUCCGGGAAUCGCCUGCUUCUCCUUCGGCCAAGCGCACCCUGCCUCGGCCGCCCGUAUCGGACCGGCCGUCCUUCGAUACCUCGGCUCGUGCGGGUCCGUCCGCUCCUCCCCAACCACCCGCGAUCACCCCUCGGUCCGUAUCGAAGCAAUCCCUCUCCCAAACUCCGCUAUCCAACUUCCAGCAACAACCACAACCCUCUCAUCCCCAGCACCAGCAACAGCCGCAACAACAAAAUCUCCAAGCACAGCAGCACCGUCCCACCAACUCUGCCUCUGCCCUCCCGAUCAUCGCCGGUCUGGCCGAUGCGGGACCGUACCCCUCCUCCCGCCCCAACUCUAUCAAGGGUCAACAAGGCACGCUUGGUCGCGGAUCCAUACCCCGUCCGCCGCCGCAAGAGGAAAUCUGCCUCGAGUGCAUGAUGCGCGAUAGGGACCUGGCGGAUGUCACUGUCAUAGGUGACGAUGCGUGGGAACGGGCGAGCAAUGACGCGUGGGAGGACGCGAAGCGGAGGGAAGGCGAGCUGUUGCGCACCCUGGGGUCUGUCGAGGGUGCGUCAGAGGAGGAUGGAGGCGAGCCAUCUCCGCCCUCUACGGCUACGUAUUCUGCGGAGGACCGGGAACAGGAGCAAGCAACUACGGAAAAGGUCCUCAGGGAGAUCGGGUGGAGGGGGUUCAAGUGGGAAGAGGGGUCUUCUGGAGAGGGGAUGCCCAGAAACUUUAGGGGGACCAAGGGUGGGAGAUUGACUGAAGAGGGUAUCAAGGCCGUCAUGACCAAGUUCCCCUCGGCUUCGGCACAUCGGUACAACUGGCUCCAGGGCUAUCUCCGAAAUCAGUACAUGCUCACGGUGGACAUUGCGGCGGAGGCGAAACGGCUGGGAUUCUUCCCUACACCGGUCGAAGUCGUCUACUCGUCCUCUACGUCUCACGAGGCGUUCAUGCCCGGCCUGAAAGCGACCGGAUCCCGCACAUCCUCGCUCGCAUGGGACGGCACUCAACCGAUCAGGCAAUCGAUGGAACAAUCGCAGCCGCCGAUGCGAAACCCCAGCUUCCCCUCUUCUCCCGCUACUAUGCCUCCCUCCCUCGUCCGUCCCAGUCCCUCAUCACCUGCCGACCUCGCCAUGGCCGCUCGCGCACCUCGCACGAUUCCCGUCGUCCGACCCACUACCCAUUUCAUACCCGACCGCGAACCCAAUCCCAACUCCGCUGCUGCAGCCGCCGCAUCCGCGCGUCAAAAGCUCAAUAUCCAGACCAGCAACAAUGGAUCGCUCAUGCCUUCUCCUGUACCGGGGAUGGGAAUGGGCAUGGGGCCGAGAGAUCGAUACGGUAAUUCGCCGGACUUGGACGAUGGGCAAUGGCCGCCUAUCUCGCCUGCCGAGAGCGGGAUGCGGCCAUUCUCGUUUGCUGUACGCGCAGGGGCGGUGGAUCGGGGGAGUGAUGGAGGACAUGGAGGAAGGAGGAGUAUUUUCGGGAGAUGGGGUGGGAGCGUGACGAGUUUCUUCGGUGGAAGUCAGGGUGGAAGUGGGAGUAUGAUGGAUAUGCACCUCGGACUGGACAGCGAUCGCCGAAACCAAGCAUCGAGCCAAUACGUCCACGCCCAGCCUCGGGCGGUAUCGCUCGCGAGCCCUACCCGGCCUGCCUUCUUCGGCCGGGACUCGCGGAGUUCUUCUACCGAUAAUCGCGUCCCUCAAGCGGAGCAGCGAGGCGGACGCUCCACGUCGACAUCGCGCCUCUCGCAGGUAUUGCGGACGGAGGAUGAGCCUGCGCAAGCUCGACAAGAGACGCCGAAGAAGGAUAAGGGGCUGAGGGGGUUGUUGAAGAAGAUGAAGCCAAAGUCGAGGAAGAGCCUCAAUGGGUCUGGAGCAGGCGGUAGGGAUAUGGCUGCCUCGUCGAUGCCUUAUCGGCCGCAGCAGCAGUACUCGGAGUACCAGUCACAGCCCCAGCAGCAGCAACAGCAGCAAUACAGGCAAGCGGAACACCCAUCUUCACAACUCCAACCACCUCCCUCCCUCAACUACCUCGUCGGCGGCGGCGAUCGGCAGCACAAUCGCAACCGGUCCGGAUCCAGCUCAUCCAUGGUCGACUCACAAGAUCCGGCUGGUCGGCCAAACUCUACCGUCCUCCCUGGCCCUGGCGUUGGUAAUGGUGGGAUGCGAUCCGUCUCUGCUCCUUUCGCGGGAAGCAGCUCGGGCGGAAGUCCAAACAACAGCCCCACCAGCUCCCGCUUCGAUAAAUACGGGAACCCCACCAAUGGCUCAGGCGGGGUCCGGAGAAGCUCUUACGCGAGCCUCUCGAAUCGCCCGGGAAGCGGAUAUGAGGCGGAGCUGGCGCGAGAGUCUAUCGUUGAGGUGCUUUCUGGGCAGGGGCAGCGGGAGAUGGGCGGGAACGGGAGCUACGCUCCUUCGUCCCGCCUCAGCGAGGGGUAUGAUCGUCCCCCUUCAGCUGGACCCAAUGGGUACGCCCAAUCUGGAUAUCGGCCUACCAACAAGACAAACUCCUCCCUCUCUGCUUCGUCAGUCGUCGUGACACCGCCUCCCCCAUCGCAGCAGCAGCAGCAGCUGUAUGUCAAUACCGGCCCCUCGGGAGCUUACUUUGCGCAACAGCAGCACGGGCGGGCAAAUCACGCUAAAACGCCGUCGGACCAGCUCAGUCCAGACCGGUUCAAAAAUCUUCCGCCUCUUCCUCCUCCGGGCGGCGACGACGCCCCUCCCAACCACCAGCAACAGCAGCAGCAGCAAUACUCUGGUCUUCCUACGCCCCGUCAGCAAUCUCGGCCAGGGGAUCAACAGCAUGUCCCUCGCGCAUCAUUCGAUCCCGCCCCGUCCAGCCAGAGGGGUUACGACCACCAUCCCUCCCCUCGGCUCGCACAGAGCAUGUACGCCCAGCCUACCGGUGCGGCCUCUGUAGGGAGCCUCGGGAGCUUUGCGAGGGGUUACGCCCCGGCCAGUCAGUAUUCCCAGGGCGAGGCGUAUGGGGGCAUGCAGCAGGGCGGUCGGUACGAGCAGCACAAUGGCGGAGGGCAGAAGGGGCAGCAGUGGGGAUAUGGGCAGCAGGGGGAAUGGGACGGGAAUGAGAAUGUGGUGGAUCUGGGUGGGAAUGAGGGUCAGGGGAAGGGGACGAUGGGAAGACGGGGGUUGAAGGGGUUGUUUGGGAAAGCGGGGAGGUUGGCUUAG